AUGUCUCUCACACAGUGCCGAUCCCAUUUGCUGUUGCUCCUGCUGCUGAUGAUCCGUGGAUCUGUCAGUGUCCCAGCUUUGGAUAAUCCACCGCCAGCUGCCACACCCAACACCAUCGAUGAGUCAGACAAGCUGCCAGAGAGCGGGGAACCGAGCAUUGCUUCGUCCCAGGACGCAAUCCUUGCUGGUGGCAAUGAUACGAGCACGCAGGUGACAGACACCUCAGAUAAAACGGUGCCUGAUAAUGUGGCCAGUGGCAGCAAUAUAGAUCCCACCACUGUCUACGCCGGAGGAAUCCUUCCGCCUGAGAUAUUUCAGCAAUACCUAAAUUCGUAUUCAGGCUUUGGUCCUUAUGCCGGAUCGUAUCCUGCUCCUGUGGGCGCUGCAGCACCUGGCAUCUAUCCAUAUCCGGGAGCUAUUGUGAUGCAAACCGGUUACGAGGGUUUCCUGGUGCCGGCCAAUGGAGCUGGACAAGCGGACAGCACCACUGUGGUGGCUUCUGCUCCUGAGACGAGUUCCUCCUCGAAUCCUUUGAUGUCCUUUGCCUCAAAUCUUCUGCCCACAGUCCUACUAUCCACAGUCCUGCGCAUCGCUGCUGUGGUCCUCUCCGCUGUGGGUAUUAUCCUUUUUGGUGGCGCCAUAACCAGUGCCCUGUGCAGGAUCACUCCGAUCUGUGACAUACCUGCCCGAGCUGUAAAUAUCCUCCGGACAGGAGGAGCCCAGGAUGUGGGCCGCAUGUUGGCCGAGGAGAUGACACCGGAACGGGUGCGACGAGCCACACAAUUUGUGCAAAACGCCAUCAAGAAGUAUCAACAACUGCAGAACAUGAUGGAGGAGUCAUCGGGGGCGGCUGAGGUGACCAAAUAG